AUGGUACAAUUUGUAUUUGAAUAUAAUGCCCGUCCCUUCCUCCUCGACCUCGACCUCAGAGGGAAAAGCCAAGAGGUCGAAGGAGCAGCCAAGACCUCGAGGGUGAGAGGAGGAGGAGGUGUUCGUCGUCAGGUCCUUUUGCUGAGCUUGGUAUCCUUAGCUCUCCUGCCGUGUGCGGGGGCCCUGGACUGCUUCAGGUGCGGUUCGUUCAACGGCUCGGACCCUCACUGCGAUGACCCCUUCCACUUCAACUAUUCCAGCCACUACUUAGCCUCGCCCUGUCUUGCGGGCUGGAAGAACAGAAAUGGGCUCUAUCCUUCAACGCACUGUAUUAAACUCUCUGGGUAUUUCUAUCAAACUUCUGAACAGAUGGUCGUUAGAAGCUGCACCAUCGAUUCGGGAACACUUACGACAGACACAGAACUGGGACGCCAGAGCCAUUGCGGGAUGUUUACUUAUGAUGGAAAAACGGUGGUGGGCUGUCUCGAGUCUUGCAACAGCUUCGACGCUUGCAACAUUUCUGCUGCCCCCUUGUCUCCGGGAUUUCUCUUCAUUUCCUCGCUCCACAUGCCUGCCGUCACCGACAACACUGCACGGAGAAUACCAUCAACUCCUUAG